GGUGUUGUGUGGUCUCAUCUGUCUCAUGCUGCCUGGAGCAUUUUUACCCUACCGGUCGGUCUUCUGCUUGUGUAUCAUGGCUUCCAAUUUUGUGUUGUUGUGGGUUUUGUUUUUGAAUCUGUGUUUCUUGUGACUUUUAGUUUUUGCUGCUGUUUAUUCUGGUUUGUUUUUCCUUUUUUUACUUGCCUGUUUGUUUCCUAAGAAAUGGAGAAGGCACGGAGUUGACACUGGGAAUGUACACGCAGAACUGCCUUUUAUUACUAUAAACUUUCCAAAAUGUGUUUGAAAUAAUGUGAAUUACUUAGGGAAAGAUUAUUUUGGUACCCUUUGUAAAGAGAAGAUUGUGAACAUUUAUCUGCUUUCUCAAGUUUCUGGUAUAUUCCAGAAAAUUUCUCUUAAAAAUUCUAAAAAAAUUUUUUGCUUAAAAAAUGAAAAGUCCUUUUGUCUGAGACUUGAAGCAUCUGUGGAAUACUUGAUACAUCAAGUCUCUUCUCAGUGAACCGCAAUCGUCGGUAGUGUGUUCAAAGUGAACCAAAGGUGUACUUGGUAUCCCGGUGACAGCUGCAUCAUGAUAUCACAGCACAAUCUAUUAUGAGUUUGUGAUGAUGGCGAUGUUACAAAACCUGCCAAUCCCAUCAUCCCUGGUCAACUGCCACCCUCCCAGGCUGUCCAUCCGCGUCGAUCUGAGGUCCCAGGCUGCAGCCAGGCUGUCUGGCUCGAGCCCGGGCAGAGGCUCCGGCGGAGGGAUCCGCGGAGGCUACGGUCUCGGAAGACGAGACCGCUUCUGCGGCGGCACAAAAAGGGGCGGCUGCAGGGUGAUGUGCCAACGGAUGUGAAGACGGACACUGUGAGCACAGUGGCUGGCCCGGAAGCUGAGCGGGCCUCGGCCCUCAGUACAUCGUGCCAGGGCCAGGCCAGAAGUGCCCACCUCCUCUUCUGCAGCUGAUCCACAACCAACAAGGCAGCCUCAGGCCCUCAGGCCCUGCCUCAUUCCGCUAGGGCCACCAAGACAGCCUUCCACCAUGGCUCUGAAGAGAAUCCAUAAGGAACUGAACGACCUGGCGCAGGAUCCCCCAGCACAGUGUUCAGCAGGCCCUGUCGGGGAAGAUAUGUUCCACUGGCAAGCUACAAUCAUGGGGCCAAAUGACAGCCCCUAUCAGGGAGGGGCGUUUUUCUUGACAAUUGACUUCCCAACAGAGUACCCCUUCAAACCACCCAAGGUUGAAUUUACAACAAGAAUUUAUCAUCCAAAUGUUAACAGUAAUGGCAGCAUUUGUCUUGAUAUUCUUCGCUCACAGUGGUCUCCAGCACUAACUAUUUCAAAAGUACUUUUGUCCAUCAGUUCUCUGUUGUGUGAUCCCAAUCCAGAUGAUCCCUUAGUGCCUGAGAUUGCUCAGAUCUACAAAACAGACAGAGAAAAGUACAACACGACAGCUCGGGAAUGGACUCAGAAGUAUGCCAUGUGACUAAAGAGAUUAUUGGAUAUCCUCUACAAAUAAAAGCUCGGGAACUCUAGAAAGUCCUUCUGAUUCCCAUCUGACUGUCUGCUAUGACCCACGCUGCACCGCUUCCUCCUCCCGGUGUUCUUCACCUGACACAGGACUGCUGCAAGCUGUACGCACCAGAAAUACUGUGCUUUGUUCCAACACUCUCUCCUAGCACAGGAGCGUUCUCCAGGCAUAACCAAGAUGUGAGAUUAAAAGUUUCCUAACUGACUUAAAUCUGAAUAACCACAGUGUGAGGGGUGGUGGGUAUACAACACUGCUUAGAAGGGUAAAGUGCCACCAACCUGUAGGAGAUUGUAAGACUGCUUUUAAGUGGAGGCCAUUUACAUUUUAAAAGUUAUGGAAAGCUAGGUGAAGAACAUGAAAGUUUCUGUACUCAUUUUAUUCUAUAACACCUAGAAUUUAGAUGAACAUUAAAGCCAACCAGAUUAAAUCCACUUCCUUUAUUUUAAGGUCUAAUCGGUCAAGAAAAAUAGAUUGGUGCUGUUAGUCCAUAAAGUGUGAUUGGCUUUGUUUCUAAAUCCUUUAUACCUCCCCCCUGACUCUGCAACCUCCCUUCUCUCAGUCUUUCUCUCCAUAUUCUUUGAUUUAUUUGUGGUUUCUCAGUAGAUACAUCACUAAUAGCUCUUAUUUUUCUUAUGUUAACUGAUUAUUCCAUUUGGAUGUAAGGGUAAAAAUUUCAUUUGUUGAAAAAAAAUGUGUAUAAAGACCCAAUUGCUCUUCUGGAGCUUGUACAAAUUCAAGAUGAUUAAUCUGUGUAAUAAACCAGCUAUUCCAGCCAUUGCAUAAAUGUCAA